GCGGCGGCGGCCGCGGCGUCUAGAGCGGCGCCCAGUGCAGGAUGUUGCAGGAGACGGCGGCGGUGUCGUUGGCGGCAGCGGGCGGAGGAACGGUGACGGCUGAGGCGCCCGCGGGCGGGAUAAAAUGGCGGAUUUUGAGGAGUUGAGGAGUUGCUGUCCCAUUUUACCUUCCUACCAACAAUGUAUGGAUUGAUCCAGGUUCUCUGCCUUCUUGCCAGCAUUUGGUGUUAACACUGUUUUUCAUUUUAGCCAUUCUGAAUAUGGUUUCUAGUUUUAGGGUUUCUGAAUUACAAGUGUUACUGGGCUUUGCUGGACGGAAUAAAAGUGGGCGCAAGCAUGACCUCCUGAUGAGGGCGUUGCAUUUAUUGAAGAGUGGCUGCAGCCCUGCGGUUCAGAUUAAAAUUCGAGAAUUAUAUAGACGCCGAUACCCACGGACACUUGAAGGACUUUCUGAUCUAUCCACAAUCAAAUCAUCAGUUUUCAGUUUGGAUGGUAGUUCAUCACCAGUAGAACCUGACUUGACUGUGGCUGGAAUCCACUCGUUGCCUUCUACUUCAAUUACACCUCAUUCACCAUCAUCUCCUGUUGGUUCUGUGCUGCUUCAAGACACUAAGCCCACGUUUGAGAUGCAGCAACCAUCUCCUCCCAUUCCUCCUGUCCAUCCCGAUGUGCAGUUAAAAAACCUGCCCUUCUAUGACGUCCUUGAUGUUCUCAUCAAGCCCACGAGUUUAGUUCAAAGCAGUAUUCAGCGAUUUCAAGAGAAGUUUUUUAUUUUUGCUUUGACACCUCAGCAAGUUAGAGAGAUAUGCAUUUCAAGGGAUUUUUUGCCAGGUGGCAGGAGAGACUAUACAGUCCAAGUCCAGCUGAGACUUUGCUUGGCAGAGACCAGUUGCCCUCAAGAAGAUAACUAUCCCAAUAGUUUGUGUAUAAAAGUAAAUGGGAAACUCUUUCCUUUGCCUGGCUAUGCACCACCACCUAAAAAUGGGAUUGAACAGAAGCGCCCUGGACGCCCCUUGAAUAUCACAUCUUUAGUUAGGUUGUCUUCAGCUGUGCCAAAUCAGAUUUCUAUUUCUUGGGCAUCUGAAAUUGGAAAGAAUUACUCCAUGUCUGUCUAUCUUGUACGACAGCUUACAUCAGCCAUGUUAUUACAGAGAUUAAAAAUGAAAGGUAUUAGAAAUCCUGAUCAUUCCAGAGCAUUAAUUAAAGAAAAACUUACUGCAGAUCCCGAUAGUGAAAUUGCUACAACUAGUCUUCGAGUGUCCUUGAUGUGCCCUCUAGGAAAGAUGAGGCUGACAAUCCCGUGUCGUGCAGUGACUUGUACACAUCUGCAGUGCUUUGAUGCUGCUCUUUAUCUUCAGAUGAAUGAGAAGAAACCCACCUGGAUCUGUCCUGUGUGUGACAAAAAGGCUGCCUAUGAGAGUCUGAUAUUAGAUGGGCUUUUUAUGGAAAUUCUCAAUGACUGUUCUGAUGUGGAUGAGAUCAAAUUUCAGGAAGAUGGUUCUUGGUGUCCCAUGAGACCUAAGAAAGAAGCUAUGAAAGUAACCAGCCAGCCCUGUACAAAAGUUGAAAGUUCAAGUGUUUUUAGUAAACCUUGUUCAGUGACUGUAGCCAGUGAUGCAAGCAAGAAGAAGAUAGAUGUUAUUGAUCUAACAAUAGAGAGCUCUUCUGAUGAAGAGGAAGACCCUCCCGCCAAAAGGAAAUGCAUCUUUAUGUCGGAAACACAAAACAGUCCAACCAAAGGGGUUCUCAUGUAUCAGCCAUCUUCUGUAAGGGUGCCCAGUGUGACUUCAGUUGAUCCUGCUGCUAUCCCACCUUCAUUAACAGACUACUCAGUACCAUUCCACCACACGCCAGUGUCAAGCAUGUCAUCAGAUUUGCCAGGUUUGGAUUUUCUUUCCCUUAUUCCAGUUGAUCCCCAGUACUGUCCUCCUAUGUUUUUGGAUAGUCUCACCUCACCCUUAACAGCAAGCAGUACGUCUGUCACCACCACCAGCCCCCAUGAAAGCAGUACUCACGUUAGUUCAUCCAGCAGCAGGAGUGAGACAGGGGUCAUAACCAGCAGUGGGAGUAACAUUCCUGAUGUCAUCUCUUUGGACUAAAGGAGGACAUACUUGAUUCUGGGAAUCAUUCAUCAAACUUUGGAUGUCUAGUCCAUGGAAGUUAAUUUUUGCAACUUAAUAUUUAUUGAAAUGUCAAAUGGAUUCUUUGCUCUCUGAGAGAUGAACAUAGAUGACUCCAGCAAGAACCAGAUGACAUGAAAGGACUUUUCUUACGCUGUACACUGAGUAUCAGAUAUAUUUCAUUCACAACGAUGUCUUCUGGAACAGUUGAUUUUAAUUUCUACGCUACUGGAUGGAUUCUGCACACCAGUUAAUCUUUUGUUACAAUAAACAGCAAUAAAGUUCUGUAAAUAGUUAAACUUUUCUAAUUAAAGAUGUAAUCAGUGAUACAGACUAACAGCAACUUCUGUUUAAUCCAGUAUGAAGGAUAAAUAGAUGGGAAAAGUCUUGUUUCCUGAAUGAAUACUUUCUAUGGAGAUUUGUUCUAUUUUGUUGAAGUAAUGAAGUUUCAAUAACUGGCCAGAACUUGGGUUCUACUUUUCUUCUUCCAGUUUUCUGUUCUUCAUGAUCCCAUCAAAGCAAAUGAUGUUUGUACCGUGCAUUUCUUUCUUGUCACUUACACUUUGAUGCUGUUGCUGACAUGUGCAGAGUAAAGGGCUGGGGUCCUCCGCUCCUUACAAUGAUUAUGUCUGAGAAUGCUACACAGACUUGUUCUGCUAGAAAAUGUUAGUUUGGGUUACUAUACAUUCUUGUAGAAUUUUCUACAGAUUUGAGACUUGGGUUUCUUGUUUGUUUGUUUUUUGUUUUUGUUUUUUUGUUUUUUUUCCCCAAAAAAGUCUACAUACAUCCUUUGAGUGAAAUGUGCUUGAGUUAAGAUGUGGCUAGAAUACUGGUCGGAUUUUCUUCACAGUACUCAGAAAUAUUUAAUGUUGGGAAAUACCAGAACAUACUUAGGAGAGGUGGAAAUAACUGAAUUCUCCCUAAGAAUUUUAUUGAUUUCAUAUAUUUUAUAGGAUAAUACAGUAUACUGUCUUGGUUGGUACUCUUCACAUUUCAAUGGCACUAAUACACAAAAUAUAUUUAAGGUCUCUGAUCGUAAUUCUUACCAAUGUAAAUUUAACUUCAGCAAUGGCUUUCAAGUUUUCAAAGAAAAGUCAAUGAUGGUAAAUGAUAGAGGUGGUACUAUAUCUCAUUUUCCUUAAUUUUUUUUUUAAAUAAGUUUUUUGUUAACCCCUCCCCCUAUACACAUAAACAGGGAUAUUUGACAUGAAGUGAGGAAAAGUGCCCAAAGUCCCACUUGAUGCUGCCUUUAAAACACACCUCUCAAGUAGCUAUGCUGGGUCCACUUAGCACUUGCUUCAUUUAGGUUCCUUCAUUUUUAGUUUUCCUAAAAUUUAGUAGUUUCCUGAUGCCCAGUGAUCUCUACCUUUGCUAUAUGGACUUGAAGCUUUUCUUUUUUAAAGUGGCUGCUCUUAAUUUCUCAAAUAUCUUCUAACAUAAUGACUCUACUUCCACUUGUAACAGGGAUAUGUUCUCCACUUAAGCAAAGCAUUGGUGGAGCUCUAGUGAGCUGCUUUUUCCCUGGCUGAUGUUUUAUUUUCUCAAGCUUUCAUGGCCUUUGUGCGCCUUUUGUACAAAUGCGUACAUAGUUGUCCACAUGAUUCCUACUUUGCCUUCAGACAUGGUGAUGUCUGAUGAUCUUUCCUUUUGAUAGGACUUUUGAGCCAUCAAAGAUUCGGAAAGCAAACAAGCCCCUGUGAUCACAGUGGUCACUCCAUUGUGGCCCCUGGCUUGCUUGACCUUAGCCAGUUCAUAUAAAAAUUUUUUUUUCCUGUAGGGUGUUGUGUUGUUGCUGCUUUAUGUACAGAUGCAGUUUCUGUUACCUAUGUAACCAGACAAAACAACCUGGCUUCUGUGGUGUGGUGUGUUAAUAAAGAUGUGAUGCGGUCACCAUCAUUCUGUUUACCCUGUAGAGUCUCAAAGACUUCUUCACUAGGGAUCACUGAAGUCCUAUACUGAAGGUUGGAGUAGAUUUACUUUCUUAGCUCCCAGAACAUGCCUCUGCUUUUGUAGUUGUUACUACAUUUGUCACUUUGCAUGUCAACUGUUUAUGAAAUUACUAAAUAAGUCACUUUAGGUGACUAGCACCUUUAAAAUAGACUUAAGUUUUUAAUAUUAAAAUUGAGGUUACUUUGCA